AGACGCAGGUCGCUCUAUAUUUGCUUUUUCAUCGACGUUUGGCUUAACCCCCUCAGCGCCACCCACCUAUUCACUGUCUUUGACCGGAACUGCUGACCAGGGAGCGAUACCGGCCGGCCAUCGAGAUCCCAGCAAGCUCAGCAAGUCUCGUCACGAAGCAAUUGAGUAUGUACUUUAUCUGGCGACGAUACGUGUUGCUGUAGAAUAUCAUUCUCGAUGCCCCUGAUUGUUUGUACUUUUGCUUUCCGUUCUGGUUGCUACCCCUUUCAUCAGCUCAUUGUUUGUCUCCUACAGUCGCCCUUCGGCCAGGGAGACACCUCGUCCUAUCACAACAACACACAUCACUUGAAGCCAAUCCGCAUAUCAAACACAAGCAUCACGGGCUGAACUUUGCACGCUCGAGGUCAAGAGGGUCGAUUGGUGUGGCCAAGUGGUGGUGUGAUAGAUGUGCACAUGAGGGUGAUGAUUCUUUUACGAGGGGUUUUCAGUGGUCGUGUGGUUCCGUGGUCAGUAACAGUAAUAAAGAGCUUGGGCAGUUUCCGAGAGUUGAGGCUCAUCAGCUUAUUUGAAACUCUUGAUCGUCCUUCACAGCCACCUUCGUUGCGCCAACCUUCUUCUUUCCCCCAAACUCUACGACUUGGUACAGAUCUCAAACCGAUAGUAUUCUCGCAAGGGUAUGCAAAAGCCACGGCAACCUCUCAUAGACACCUGACUAUCAGACAUUGGAUGGAGUACUGGGUAGACACUCAAAUUCAAGAGUCGCUUACAGUAGUCACCUCUCUGGCCACUCCGAUCACCCACCAGCCUCUUUGGCUCUGACUCCCUGCUUUGCUGCAAAUCAAGUCGGCUUUACUUCAUGGUCCGCCACUCUCGACACACGCUUUUGCCUUUCAGGAUUCAGCGCCUAUGUGAUCGGAGGACGAUUGCCGUGCAACAUUCCCUCAUGUCUCGAGAUGGGCUUGUUUGGUCAUGGAGGGGUGGGGCAGCGAUAGGGAGGAGUCGAAUUGGGAAAAGACGGUCUUGUCGCAGAUGAGAUGAACACGGAUACGCUAUAUAAUCUCUGAGCGCUUUCCAUGCUUUUGAUCAGAUCGAGGGCGCUUCACACAUCGAUAGGAGUGUCGGAAGGUUCCUCCAUACUCGUGAUGAUACCUCCUUGCAUCAAAGAGAA